AGCAUCUGCCAUGUCUACAGAGGGGCAGAGAGUGGAUGAUAGUCCAAGCACUAGUGGAGGCAGCUCUGAUGGAGAUCAGCGUGAAAGUGCUCAGCAGGAACAAGAAAGGGAGCAAGUUCAACCCAAGAAAAAAGAGGGGAAAAUAUCAAGCAAAACAGCUGCUAAAUUGUCAACUAGUGCUAAAAGAAUUCAGAAAGAACUUGCAGAAAUUACAUUAGACCCUCCUCCGAAUUGCAGUGCUGGACCCAAAGGAGACAACAUUUAUGAAUGGAGGUCAACUAUACUGGGGCCUCCAGGGUCUGUAUAUGAAGGUGGAGUUUUCUUCCUUGACAUAACCUUUUCACCGGACUAUCCUUUUAAACCACCCAAGGUAACGUUCCGGACAAGGAUCUACCACUGUAACAUUAACAGCCAAGGCGUCAUCUGCCUGGACAUUUUAAAGGACAACUGGAGUCCAGCGUUAACCAUUUCUAAAGUUCUCCUCUCCAUCUGCUCCCUCCUCACAGACUGUAACCCCGCUGACCCCCUGGUUGGAAGCAUUGCCACUCAGUACAUGACUAACAGAGCAGAGCACGACAGAAUGGCCAGACAGUGGACCAAGCGAUACGCCACAUAGGAACCUCCUCUAGGAUUUGCUGGACCUGUGCAAGCACAUUCACUAAGUGCAUCAAUAGCCCUUCCCUUCAUUCUUAUUUUUUAUUAAAUUUUGAACCAUUUUGUGACAAAAGGUUGUCCUUACUUCCUUUUUUGUUUCAUUUUGGUUGAUUUUUAUUUUUAU